CCGCUGGCGGGCGCCCCUUGCCAGGUAAGCGGAGGCUGCGGGGGCAGGAGGCGGGAGAUGCGCGCGUGGCGCCAGGGGCUGGCGUGCCGGGAAGCGGGCAGGCAGACGCGCGGACCAGCUCUCAGGGAAGCACCUCUGCCCACGCCGGUGGUCACUGAUGCCCAGACUGCACGACCACUUGUGGGGCUGCUCCUAUCCCAACAGUGCGAGGCACCAGAGCCCCCCAAGAGCCCGCGCCGCAGGGCUGGCGGCGGGGACGGGAGACAUGAGCAGCUCCCCCGGGGCCGGUCCCUCCCUGCUGGUGGCCCACGGUGCCCCGGACGCGGAUCGGAGCGCUGGGACGAGUGACCACCGCGGCGGCGGCCACCCCAGCAGCUGGCAUCAUCACUUGGUGCAGAGGAGCGUUGUGCUCUUCUUGGUCGGGGUGGUCCUCGCCCUGGUGCUCAACUUGCUGCAGAUCCAGAGGAACGUGACGCUCUUCCCGGAGGAGGUGAUCGCCACCAUCUUCUCCUCCGCCUGGUGGGUCCCUCCGUGCUGCGGGACGGCGGCAGCUGUUGUUGGCUUGCUGUACCCCUGUAUCGACAGUCACCUUGGAGAACCUCACAAGUUUAAAAGAGAGUGGGCCAGCGUCAUGCGCUGCAUAGCAGUCUUUGUGGGCAUCAACCACGCCAGUGCUAAACUGGAUUUUGCCAAUAAUGUCCAGCUGUCCCUGACGUUAGCAGCCCUGUCCCUAGGCCUUUGGUGGACGUUUGACCGCUCCAGAAGUGGCCUUGGCCUUGGGAUCACCAUAGCCUUUCUGGCCACUCUGAUUACACAGUUCCUCGUGUAUAACGGAGUCUAUCAGUACACAUCUCCAGAUUUCCUCUAUAUUCGUUCUUGGCUUCCAUGUAUAUUUUUCUCGGGUGGCGUCACAGUGGGAAACAUAGGACGACAGUUAGCAAUGGGUGUUCCUGAAAAGCCACACAGCGAUUGAAUCUUCAAACCCACUGAGGCUGAGGAGGGAGCAGGAUUGGAGAAGAUAGUCUGUGAUAACAGAUUCGCACAAAAAUGAUCUUUUUUCCUAAAUAAUCAGUUGAGAUUGGGCUGACAAUACGAAUGACUCCUGGAGAAAAAAUAUUCACCUGGUCUAGGAUAGCGAAGUGGGGGAAAGAACUGCUCCCCUGGAAGUCCUUGCCUGGAGCAGCCGUGCUGGUGCCAGAAGCGCUCCGGAACGCUCCAUCCCAGGCUGUGUGCGGGAGUCCAGGCAGGGGACGGUGUCCGAGUAUUAGAUUGCAUCCAUGUCAUUAAAAACAAGUUGCCAUA